CCCUGUAGUGUCGUACACUUUUGGUAGUGAGUACGCAUUUGCGAUAGGCGGAACGAGAUGGAUACAGAAUGACGGAGCCAUGUCGUCGAUAAAGUGUCACUGUACAUCUUAUUUUUCUGUCGAACAGAAAAAGCGGCUCAAUCUUUUGCUAGCGCGAAUAAUAGUCGAAGUUGAGUGCAAACUGCAAAGUCUACAAGCUAGGGUGGGCCAAAUAAACGACGCUAGGCCGUUCUAAAUGGUUGCGCCCUAACCAUGAGCAAAACUGUCCAUAGCCAAAGUAUUGAUAUCGAUUUGUUCAUACAGCAGGCCGAGUUGACGAUUGGAGCGGCGACUUCUUAUCUACGGUUCAACGAUUUAUCGGCUUAUUAACAGCUAACGAGUAGAUCGGAUCGCUGAAUUAUUUCGGCCCUGAACUUUGCGACCUGUGGCGCGAAAACUAUAACAUUCAAACACGACCGAAUUAGCAGCGGCCGCAGUGGACGGUCACUAGUCAACGAGCCGCGUACGUUCGGUUUGUCUAUUUGUGUUGGCCCAGAGUUGACCUAGAGUGCAUCCUGCAAUCAUAUGAUCAAAGUGCACCUAGUUGACGCAAAUAGCUGCCAUCACCGUAAAUUUUUCACAAAUACAUUGAAAGUUUCUGUGUGACUGUACCAAUACAGUGAACGAGCGCGACGCCAGAAUAACAACAGCAUUUGCUCAUUCAUGUAUACGUCGAAACACCAUAUUCGUAUUAAGGAUUGUUAUAAAUACACACUCAAUAGCGACCAUUGUCAGCGUUUAGGUCGAUUUGUGUCUGGGAACUCCCCUAAUAUGCUGUGAUGGUUUGUCGACACGUUUUGUCUACCUUCGCGACGAAGUCGACUAUAGUCAACAAUAGUGAGUUUUCGAGGGAACGUUGAAGUCAACGCAAACGUGUUAAGAAUAUGGAAGAUAGAAGAAAUAAUGAUUCAUGUUAGCGCGAUGGCUGCGGACAUCCAGCUCUGCUUACCUGCGCGAACAACAAAGGCAGAGCGCGCAAAACAGCCUGUAGAGCCACCUUCCCCAAAGAAACCAGCUGGCUUAAAGUUAGUCAUUUCAAGCUCCUAACGAUAUUAAUAGAAACGAUACCGGCUGCAGCAGUCUCUGCUGGGAAGUGCUGUUAAAAAAAUCUCCAUGUUACAGCUGUGUUCGAUAGCUGCGUGCGCACAUGCGUUACGUCACGCACUUAGACAGACCUGCGAACAAAAUCAUACUCCGACGUGAAGAUUCGUUGGCUCGCGUACAAUAGUAGGCAGAAAGAGAAGAAACUCUAAUUUCAGCUUCUAUCAGAAGAGCCAGCCUCUCGUCAGCCUUUUUGUGUCGCCAUUCUAACGGCGCGUGCCCUGUCUAUGAUUAUUCACUUUUUUUUACCGUCUAUACAGUCGCUCCUGCGACGUACACAAAGAUCAGCGCCCUUCCAUUGGCUCUGGUAGUAUCGUUUGGCGAGGAGGUGCCGCGGUAAAGUAACCCACUGCAGCGCGUCGAACGGCAAUGAUCAGAGUUUCGAGAGAUAACAAGGAUGGACGUUAAUGGGACGGCACUCAAUGGAUACAAGGCAUAUCAGCUGCUACUGAUGCCAAGCUUACGAAGGAGGCGCAGGGCGGCAGAUUGACAAAGUGUGAAGCAGUAUAGCGGUGCUGAUUUUCAACAGUGCAACGUGACAGCAGUGCCUGUAAAAAUUGCAAACGUUAUUUGCGUAUGUGUGUUCUCGCUUUUAGAGGGUUGGUCAUAGGCCGUUUAUUGGAAAGCAAUUAUAAAAGGUUUUUGUCUUGUGAUCACCACCAUUGGUUAUCUGGGUGACUUGAAAUGUGUAUGCGUACUUUUAAAGGAUAAAGAGCAAUGAAAUUCACGUUGAGCAAGAAUCAACGUGAAAGUACGGGGUGACAGCAGGAAAAACCAUUGCACAAAAUAUUGUAAUAGAUACAAUGAACGACUGUGAAAAUUUAUAGAAAAAUAACAGGAUAUUCAUGGUUCAUCAGGGGAACGGUGAACGCGAAGAGAGUCCAUCGUGAAAAUGGGAUAUUUCGCAGAGAAAACCAUCCAAGAAGCCGGAGCGAAAUCGAAACAAGACGGUUCAUAGUAGUCAUCUAUAGCGAAAAACGGUGAUAAUUGUUAUAGGAGUAACAAAAUGGACUCGAACGAUAAGCUGGCGCUGUGCAGUAAUGGCAGGCGGCUAGUAGAUUAUGUGGUCGUGUGUGGAUUAGAUCUAAAUAACGGGCUCGAGCCUAACUCUCAACAAGGGGAACAGAGUCAAGUAACGCCUUUGGAACGAUCCUAUAAAUCGCAGGCCCUUGUUCACUUCCCCGAACACGUCGAAGGCCACACUAUAGACCCUAAUUCCAUUAAUAUGCUAUGCCUACCGUCAGGACUGACGUUUUGCACACAGAAGAAGAUGAAAGUGCUUGAAUCCAACUCGUGGUUUCACACGUUUAUUGUCACGAGGGCGGACGGGUCGCGAUCGUACGGCCAUGCGCUGCUAUUCUACGAAGAGGUUGGAGACCGAGACGUCUGCACGGCAUUACACACUCUGCAGCAAAUGUAUCUGGCUGAGCUAAACGAGGCUAGAGCCCAUUCGUCCGGAAUUAUCUCGCGGAGUCUGCCCAGAUCGUUUCGACUACUCAGUCCAAAGCUCGCCACGAAAAAGGUGCACAGCGAACCGGUUGGUGCCCUAUACGACCCUAACAAAGACACUCUCUACAGCGUCAAGGCUAUAUGUUUGAUAUCGACCAUGCCAAUAGUGUGCGUCGCAAAGGUGAUUCUUCAAUCGUGGCAUCGAAUGAUUACCGCAGCAGAACCUCCGCAAUUACCGUACGAGUGCUACCUCUAUAAUGUCCUCUACGAGUUGCCUAUGCCAGAUCAAGGCAAGAGUGUCCAACUUUGUCAUCUGUACGAUGAAAUCAUUUUUCAACAGCCUGGAUCGAUGGAAUUGCCGCAUUUUGACUAUUCGUUCCGUGAGCUUAUUCUUCUUCUGGGUGUUGAGAAUCUCCUGCAAUUGUUCACCAGUGUAUUAUUUGAGAACCAAGUGCUCCUCUGCGCAUCAGAUUACUAUAAGCUGAUGCUCGUCGCCGAAUGCGUGACAGCGUUACUUUUUCCGUUUGCAUGGGCACAUGUUUACGUUCCUGUGCUACCGGCGCCGCUGCACAAUUUCCUUGACGCCCCGGUGCCUUACAUAAUGGGUCUGUGUACGGCCGGCCAGGCCCCCGAAGUGCUUGCCAAUAUAGUCCCAGGAGAGGCCAACCUUUGCCUAGUCGACUUGGACAAUUGUCGAGUGAAGGUGCCUGAAGAUCUUCCACCGUUUCCUCAUCGUCAGGAACUAGCACGGGAACUUGUAGAUACGCUGACGAAUGUCUUCAAGUUGCCUCUUCCUGAAAAGCCAGCUUUCUCAACAACAGCGUCCUCUGUCGUUGAGUCAAUGGUGCCGUCUACAAUCGUAAUCGCUCCCGUCGAUGAACUUCGAACCCCGUCGACGCCAGACCGUGAGGCCCGCGCGGAUAAGAAGCGACGCUCAUCUAAAAAGCAUUCGUUGCCUUUUCUUGAUAUCAGCGUCGACUCCGAGAAGCUAGCAGUACGCGAGAGAGCAUCAUUUUCCGGCAUUCUGCCGACACCACAGCAAAUAUCGCAACAUCAUAGUGAUGUCUUUCAUAAGGUUCAUGCGGUAGCAAAGAAGGUUGUGGAUACUCCGGAUAACCUUCGGAAAUCUCGCAAGAAGUCGACGAGCAAUCUCGAUGACCAAGGUCUUUUACGUUCACCUCCAGUUUUAACAAUGGCUUCGCAGCAUGGCCAACAAGGACAAUUGCAUACGCCGACGAAUCCCGCUUUGGAGGAACUUUGUAUAAAUAAUGCUGUGAGAGAAAUAUUUCUGAACAGGUUUCUCUCGAUGUUUUGCGGCUACGAACAGUUUGUGGUUCACCCUCCAUCGGAGAAAAAGACGACUCCGGAAGAGUUAUCACCGAACUUAGCUGAUAUUGAAAGUUGGCUUUCCAAUAACCGAGAAACAUCGCUACAGAAUUUCGACAAGACCUCGUUCCUGUCAGAUCAGCCUCAACAACAUCUCGCUUUUUUGUCAAAGUUCAUUGAGACGCAGAUGUUUACUUCAUUUAUCGACGCCAAGGUCCUGCAGACGCAGCAAGAAACUGCCGAUAAAAGCAGUGACGCUCAUGGGCCAGAGAAGCAGUCAGCACCCUCGCCUACGCAAAAUAAUGACGCUGCCCACGAUGACGUUCUUUUGGCAGCUAGAGAUAAUACUGGGACGCGUUUCGUCGCUAUAUUCGAUACAAGAUUACACGACUUCAAAGAAAAGCUCGGUGGGGAACUGUUGAGAUAUAUUCGCUGUAAUAGCUUUACCCAAAGUGCAAAGCCAAUCGAACUCCGGUUGGCUUGUCCUGACAUGGUCCUGCCAGCCCCGAAACGAUCACAGGAGAGUAUGGUGUAUUCACAGCAUAAGCAGGGAGUGUUCAAUCAUUGGACACUGAACAAGGGCUAUCUCAACGGUACUGGGCCGACAGAAUAUAAGCGCCGGCGAAGCAGUGCCGAUCGAGGCGAUCGUGAUGCGUACGGAGAUCCACAUUUAACAAUACAACAGCAAAGAAGGCGCUCGUCAAAACAGCGGAUAGUACAGGAGAACUCGUCGGCUGCACUGAUCCGGCAGUCGAACUGGAAAUUUGUCGAACAGUUGCUUAACGAAUGUAAGCAAAAGACUAAGCGUAUGUGUGUAGAGAAAAUGGGCUACGCAGAAGCCGUUGAAAUGGGCCAUAAGCGAGCAAGUGACAACUGCAAGACGUCCACGAUUGAAGAGAAUACCCUCAUUGCUGGUCUAUGCGAUUUAUUGGAGAGGAUCUGGUCCCAUGGGCUACAAACAAAGCAAGGAAAGUCCGCUUUAUGGGCGCAUCUGCAGAACUUUCUCGAGAUUGAAGACGGCAAGCAGUCCGGAAAGGAGACAAAUUACCUCAGUCCAGUUGGUCGUCAUAGAAUGGGGUCCGCCGCAUUGCUUCCCGGCACACUCCUAUCCACGAUUGACACUUCAAACGAAAGAAAAGCUGAGCAGGAAAAUCAACGGUCAACCACCAAUUUUGAUAAAGGCCAAAAUUCGGCUUCGGCUAAAACUUCUGUUAUCACGAAAAAUCCACGAAGUCCACAGCAACAGCAAAUUACGAAUCAGUCACAAACAAAUUCGAAAAGUUUUGACUACUACGUUGAAGGCUUAAUCUCAAGGACCAUUUGGGCUUUGGGAGAGAAAAUCUUUCCGUUAAUCGAUCUAUCAUCAGCAACGGAUCUCAGCUCGGAGGAGUCGAUGGGCAGUGGAAACAAAGGGUCGCGUUUUGCAACCAUGAACUCGUUACCGACCAAUUCGUUAUUCAGUUCAUCAGUCGGCGGAGCCCGUGACAGAGAUAGCAGGGACAAAAAUCGAAGGGGCUUGGCCAGGACGGCGGCGUCGUCUUCCGCGCCACCAAGGAGGCACUCAGCUACGCCGUCACUCGGUAAUUCGCUCAUCGACGAUUUGCUCUAAUCUAUCAAAUGCAUGCUAUCCUCAAUAAUUAUUGCAGUUGAAUCAUUUGUACUC